GGUUGGACUCGAUGAUCUGAUCAUGGCUUUCGUCCUUAUUCUCGCCUUGUUGGUGAGGGCUCUUUGUGACAAUGCGGUCAUGCUCGAGGGCGUGCAGCAGCAGGAGGUCAAUCUGCGAGAGCAGAUGACACAACUGCAGCACGAGACAGAGCAAUGGAAUGUGGAGCAGAGAUGGGUGGACGUGCCAGCUCUGCUCUUUACUCUGCUGAAUUACUGGAGGAUCUGGUUCUGUAUGGGACUGUUUUUCCUGCUCUUUUGGAACAUGUGGCAGUCCGAAAAAAUGAACCAGCACCAUGAUAGCAGCAGUGAAGAGGACAGCUUCAGCAGCAAGGAGGAGGCAGCGGGGGCAGAGCAAAAGGAAGAGGAACAGGAGAAACAGGUGGAACAGGUGGAACAGGUGGAAAAGGUGGAACAGGAGAAAAAGGUGGAGCAGAAGGAAAAGCUGGAGCAGGAGGAAAAGGUGAAACAGGAGGAAAAGGUGGAACAGGAGGAACAGGAACAACAGGACGAGGUGGACUUCUACAGAAUACCCUGGACCAGAUUUAUUGCAGAGCGUGCUCUUCUAAAGGCACAAGGAAGGCCGUCCAGAUGCCAGCUGGUGGAGGAGCUGAUGAGCGACCUCCUGCUGGCCUGCAGAUUUGUCUGGUCAAACAGUUUCUAUCCAACCCUGCGGUCUGCCAUCGGGGUGGGCAGCGCCUUUGAAGGCUGGAGUCCCCGGGAGGAGGACACUGUGUACCGCCUGCUCGUGCCUGUGGAGGCCCCCCGCGGGCACAUCUUCCACCUGGAGCUGUAUGAUGAAGAGGACGAGCUGGCAAGGAACCCCCGCGUCCGCGUGGAACUGAAGUGCAUGUGCGAGAGGGAGCAGCAGCUGGGGGACGUGCUGUGCUUCCUCCACCACCCUGUGGAAGACCUGGUCCAAAAUCAGGACCCCAGCCUCCUACAGACCCUCUGCACUGACGCCUACCUGGAUGUGGAGAAAAUCGUCACCUGGUUCAGGGUACAGGUGGCAACAAUCUGGAACACCACCCUUCAGGCAGACGCCUACAACCUAAAGGUGCUGCCCUCCAGACGCUCCUGUAAGCUCCAGCUGACAAACACCUCCAGCGGGGAAAAAAUCCUGGUUGAGCUGCUGUUUGGGGUGCAGCAAGGCAACUCGGACAUCUUCCUGAGCAGCCAGAACACAGAGGCCGGCUUUACGCCCAGCACCACAUGGCCGCAGAGCUGUGCUGUGGCGGAAAUGAAGUACUUCCAGUACUUGCUCAAGAAGGCUGGAGAGAACAGCGUCAUCCAGAGCUGCCUGAGGUUCUUAGCCCACACCCUGGUGGGCAUGGGCUUUUCCAACUAUGUCCUCAAGACUCUCGUCUUCCACCUCGUGAACAUCAUCCCUUUGGGGAACUGGCAAAGGAGGAAUUUCCUCAGUCGGCUGGAGAGUAUCCUGCAGUACCUGCACUUCUGCCUGAAGUACAAACGCCUGGUCCACUUCUUCAUUGGCAAUAAGAUGAUGCCUGACGAGGUUAUCCUGCCGCACAGCUUCCGGACAGCCACCCCGGUCAACCUCUUCCAGCACCUGGAGGACGACCCGGACGCCGAGUCCAGGGCACUGCGUGACUUCAGGGUGCUGAGAGAUCGCCUCCUCAGACUGCUGCUGUUUGGACGCUGAGAGAGUCCUUUGGCUGAACUCUUCCCUCUUUUUGGCUCUAAGUUCACAUGCUGUGAGCAAUAAGACUCUGGCCUGUCUAGGAGGCCAGAGGUGGGUGUUGCCAUGUGGCAGUCAGCACCAGUUUGUGGACAGAAGCUGUCAUUCCAACGACAGCUGACUCGACCUCUUGGGACUUGACUUCUAAGUUUGUACUGUCAUCGGAAAAAGUCGUUUGCUGUGGUCGUCGUCAUCACCCGAACAACAACCUCCGACGGCCCAUCUCUACUGAGGAUCAACAUCUGAGCUACGAGUUACACUAGAGACCCAGUGGUGACUCAUUGUCUCUGUCUCUUGCUAUCUACAGAGACUCCUUGCUUUUAUUUCCAAUCUCUUUUCCAUCGC